CAACGUGGUGUCCGUGUGCCGGGCCGCGGGGCUGGGCUGCAUUGACCGUGUCGAGCUCUCCCACCGCUACCUGCUGCAGUGUGCCGAGCGCCCCACGCCCCCCGAGGAGGACGCCCUGGUGGCGGUGCUCUGUGACCGGAUGACGGAGCAGCGCUACAAGGAACCAAUCUGCAGCUUCACCGUGGCCGCCUGCCCUGCCCCCACCUGGGAUGUGGAUGUGCUGGGGGGGGGCCGCACCGAGCUCGAGAGAGCCAACCAGGAGCUGGGCCUGGCCUUCGACUCCUGGGACCUGGAUUUCUACACUGAGCUCUUCAAGAGAUUCGGGCGCAACCCGACCGGCGUGGAGUGCUUCGACCUGGCCCAGUCCAACAGGUACCGGCCCCAA